AUGUCUUCGUGUUUCUUUCUCGAUGAUGUCUCAUCUCUUUUUAUGUUGCUAAUUAUUUCUUCUGCCACUCUGGCCACAUCUUCGAGGCUACAAGGCAAAGACUUGGUUUCCAAUGCUUGCAGUCACACGCAAUUCUAUGAAGUAUGCGUAUCAACUCUAAAAUCAGAUCCUCAGAGUGAAAAAUCAGAUAUUAGAGGGUUGGCUGACAUUGCGUUAAAUGUAAGUAUAGCAUAUGGAAUGGAAACACUAUCCCACAUUAAUUCUUUGAAGUUUAGUCCUGGUAAUUACACCCCAUUUGCAUCUAGAUGCCUAAGUGAUUGCAUGGAAGAAUACUCCGACGCUGUUGAUAAUCUACAAGAGUCCGCACAAGCUCUAAGGACUAAGUCUUACACCACAGUGAACACAUUGGUGGCUGCUGCAAUGACGGAUUCUGAUACAUGUGAGGGUGGUUUCGGAGAGAUGCCGGGAAAUGAGCCCCCCCUGACACAGAGGAACCAGUAUUUCUACAAGUUAUGUAGUAAUUUCCUGGCAAUAACCACUCUUUUAAGUUGA